UGAUGGGACCUCCCCUAUUCAUCCGGCUUUGUAUCGCACGCCUAAAUGCUGUCUCGGCCAAUCAAAAGCUGCCUUGUGUGCAGUGCAGCAACGCUGAGAGGGCUGGGCACACGUGCAUCGGGUGACGCUGACAGGAUUGACUACAAAGAUGGCGGUGAAGGAAUUGGUCGCUUUGGAGAGGUGUUUGGGCUUGAACAGUGGGAAAUACAGUAGUCGGGCUCAAGCAGCUGGCAAGAUUCCGAUCCUUCAGACAAAUAAAGGUCCCAGCCUGGUGGGGAUUUCCACUAUUGCCUCUCAUUUAGUGAAAGAAGCCAAAAAAGAAGAGCUUUUAGGAUCCUCUGCAGAAGAGAAAGCAGUAGUUCAGCAAUGGUUGGAGUACCGCAUCACAUGCAUAGACAGAGUGUCCUCUAAGGAAGAUAUCCGUAAUGUACUGAAGGAUCUUAAUCAUUAUCUGAAGGACAAAGUGUAUGUUGCUGGAAAUGCAGUAACUUUGGCAGACAUCCUAAUUUAUUAUGGACUUCACCCUGUAAUAGCUGGCCUAUCGAUUCAGGAGAAGGAAACCUAUAUAAAUGUGUCUCGAUGGUUUAGCCACAUUCAGAAUUAUCCAGGAAUAAGACAGCACCUCCCUGGGUUGGUCUUUAUUAAAAAUCGGAUCUACAGCAGUAAUCACUAAGUGUUUCAGCUAAAGCUGUGGUGGUAAUAGACUAUCCAGUAGUACCAUAUUUGUCCAUGUUUUUUGGUUGUUACAAUAGCAAAACCUUUACUUGUAGAUUUAAAAUUUAAUCUAAAGUUCAAACCAUAGGUUUUAAUUUAUUUUAAAAUGUUUUACAUGCACAGGACUUCUCACAAGGUGCUUUACAACAACAUUUUUAUUAAGAAAAUACAUUUACUCAGCACAACAUGUUGGUUUUCUCCCCUUCCACUUCUUGUGUUUGAUAUACUUGUGUACCCUUGUUUUUGCCAAUAAAGUUUCAUAAAGUACUUUA